GGUAUGAAAGGAGGAAUGAGUUAGUCCUUAAGCCCUUUGAAGAAGAGGAUCCCUGGGGCGGUAAGGAUGUUCAGUGGAUGAUGGAAUUAGCGCUGGCCAGCUCGCAUAGCCUGGUGGAGGAUAUGAGGACGAUUGAGGAAGGACCUGGCCAGGUAGAAUGGCAUGAGGACCUGAAGGGAGGAAUGUAUCUCCUCGUCAGUACGUUAUUGCAGGAAAGCAUAGACCAGUCAGGCUCGUUGAACCCGGCAGGGAAUGUGGACGAAAUACCUGAGAGCCAGGACGACGAGUUCGAGGAAGGGGAAAUUAAGGAGGCUUUUCGUGCAGAGGAGUAUGACGGGAUCUACCUAGAGCUGGGGCUUCUUCUGUCAUGUGAAAUGCGGCUAAGAGAUGCGAGCGAUAGGGCUCAAAGGAUGCUGCAACGCUACUUAGUGCGAGACGGUCACCUUUUCGUGAGAAGGGAAGUGAGGAAUCCUAGGAGGGUCGUCUGCAGUAGGAAUCGUCAGAUCGACGUCGUAGCAGCACUACACGAUGGCAUUGCAGGAGGGCAUCGAGGGGUACAAGCCACGUAUGCCAAGAUAAGUGAGUUGUACUACUGGGAUGGAAUGAUGGACAUGGUCGGGAAAUUUUGUCGAUCUUGCGUACCCUGCCAGGAGAGAUCCCGUUUGAGCCAGGGAGAGCCGUUGCAUCCAAGGUUAGAGCGAGAGGUAGGGGCCGUAGUGCAUCUCAAUCUGCUUUUUAUACCACUUGGGGAUCAGGGCUAUAACUAUAUCUUCGAUGCGCGCGAUAACCUAUCUGGGUUCGUAGACGGGCGAGCUAUUCGCACAAAGACCGGGUCAGUCCUGGUGAGCUGCAUCGAGGAGUACUACCUACGUUAUCCUUUCGUCAGGGAAUUCGUAAUGGACAGAGGAUCAGAGUUUACCUGUCAGGAGGUGCAAGAACUGUUAGCAAGAUAUGGUGUGGCAACCAACUACACCACGGCCGCGCACCCCCAGGCAAAUGCUCCCGUAGAGAGAGGGCAUAGUACCAUUACGAACCUCCUGGCCAAAUGGACCGAAGGUAGGACUAAUCAAUGGCCAAGAUACCUAAGGGCGACUUUCUUUGUCGAGAACAUUACAGUAAAGAGAUCCACYAAGUACGCACAUGCGACGCUGUGGUACGGAAGGCAUGCCACCUUCCCUAUCGAAAACUUUCUUAAGACGUGGAGGCGCCGGGAUCUGGAAGUCAACCUGUCAUUUGAAGAGCUGCUUGAUAUUCGGGCGCGGCAGGUCAGGGCGAUAGAAGAAAGGAUCCAGGAGGCAUCUGAUCAGGUGGCGAGAAGCCAUUUGGAUGAUAAGACCCGAUGGGAUCAGUCUUCGCGAGUGAGGAAAGUACCCUUGGCAGUCGGGGAUGUCGUGCUUCUCUACGAUACGUCGAUGGAGAAGCAGUGGUCCAGGAAGCUCGAUAAGAGAUGGUCUGACUUUACGAAGACAGUCAUGCCAAGAGGAGGGAAGGGGACACGGCCGCCUCAGAGGCCGUUGGGCGCAUCAGGAGGAUAUGAGCAGCAUGGGCCUCGCCAACGAGAGAGUACUCCAGUCUACAAUGAUGGGGACAUCGAGCUAUUCCUGGACAGUUUCUGGGAGCAUGCGAGGCGUAUGGGCUGGACCGUCACUCAGGCGAUUGAGAGAUUGAGGGGAGCAGGUAGGUUCGAAGAGCCCGUUGUCAGGAUUCGUAGGGAGGCGACGACAAGGCAGGAGGUGGAGAUAAGGAUGGAGGAGUUGCGACCCUCGCCAGUGGGACCUGAUGACAGGCCAAUCCGCCUGGAGAUUGGAAAUGCGUCGGACUUCAUCCCCGCGUUUGAGUGGUUCAUGCAAGAGCAGGCCAUACAGAAAGAUGAUUGGAUGCAGACACUACCACUCUGGACCAGGAAGGCGGAAAGGUCACUGGCUAUGCAGAUCAGGGACAUGGCACGAGAUUGGGAAAGCUGCAGGGCACAUUUGAGAGAGGCCUUUCGACGGCCAGAGCUCCCUCAGCCCAGAGUCGAGAGGCGGCAGAGGAGUCAGAGGCCGAGGAACCCUGAGCCCAGGGAGGCGAGACCCUCUCGAGGAGGGCGGAAGGCCCUAGCCAGGAGAGAGCAGGAGCCAGAGGAUGAAGAGCGAGGGGCAUACCCUGAGUCUCAUGCCCUGGAGCACCCAGACCUGGAGGAGCCAGCACCUGCAAAGCCACGCCAGGAGUCAUGCCAGCCCGAGAAGGAGAUGGAAGCAGAAAUCCCAAAGAGGGUCAACCUCCGCACGAGGGAAAGGGUGCCAGCUAGAGAGACGGCCGAAGAAAAGAGGGCACGACGAACCAGGCGGAUAGAUGAGAUAUGGCAGGAGAGGCAGAGGUUGGAGGCAGCUGGGGAGCUCCCGGAGCAGCAGCAGGAGAGGCAGAGGUCGGAGGCAGCAGGAGCACUCCCGGGUCAGCCGCCCAGCGCGCCAGCCAAGACCCCGAAAAUUCCUGAAAUGUGGAGAAACUUCUGGGAGCAGAGAGAAGAGGAGCUUCCACCGCCAAUUAGAGCCGGGUUUGGGGUGGCCAGGAAGGCGGAAGAAAGGUUAGAUCGUAAAAUCAAGUUCCUAGCCAAGACCACUUUUGACCGGCACUUGUUAUUAGAGGGCGAUCUGGCGGGGAAAAAAGUGAAGGAAGCCAGCCAUGGAGUACGUCUGGAGGCUAUGGAGGUGGAAAUUCAGGAACUUAGGGUUUUGGUGGCCAGCCAAGCAGCUAUCAUUGAGAGCCUGAGGCAGCAAACCCAGGGAAAGGUGGAUAGACCAGAGAGCAGCCGGCAGGGAGAGCAGAGGCAGCCAGGACAGGGAUUGCCAGAACAGCCAUCUGCGACAGAGCCUCGCCAGGAGCCGCCUAUGGGGAGAGUUAUCCUGGAGCCAGAGGAGGCGAGAGCCCAGAGACAGGCGGAGAGAGAGGCGUUCGAGUUUAGAGCCCCUACUGAGCUCGCGACGCUGCCGGUGGCGGCGGCAGGCCCAGUCGUACCUUUGGCAGUAGAGGAGGGGCUGCCACCAUCUAGCAGUGAGUCGGCUCAGGGCUCGGCAGAGGGAUCCAUGGGCGUGCUCCUUGAGGCGGUGCAUACUAUGCAGGAGGAGGUGAGUUUGUUUUCACCUGAGCAGAGGAUAGAGGAGUCUCUUGAGAGAGAGAUGGGGAUUGAGGAGGAGGGUGCCAUCGAGGGCAGACUCCAGAGGAUAGGCACACCUGAGUAUGGACCAGAGGAGAUUGAGGAGCAGCCCAUGGCAGUGCCAGGAGCGGCACUCGAGAGGAGGCCUCAAAGGUUGGACACGCCCGAGUACGUUCCAGCGACAGAGGAUUUGAGAGGCAGACUAGGAUUUUGGGCUACUGGAUCUAGGUCUGAUGGACCAGUUCCGGGGACAGAGCGGUAGGAAGUCGUUGGUACCGCAACUCCUCAAGCA